CUGGGAAGACUGCGCAUGCCCUACAUGGUGUGGGGGCAGAACGUCGGCUAUAAAACAACUGCAGUCAGUCAGUCUGUCAGUCAGGGCAACGGAGAGCCGCACACACAUUGCGCCAUGUCAACUGAGGUGAAACCAGACAUGUCUCUGCGUCCUCUGGGCCUGGAGCCACCCCCGGAGCGAGAGCUGUUGUGUAUCUUUGGGACAGGGGACCUGGGUCGCUCUCUGGGCCAGCGGCUGCUCCAGACGGGCUACAGGGUGGUGUACGGCAGCCGCAGGCCCCACAGCUGUGGCCCCCUGCCCCCGGGGGCUCAGGUUAUGAGCCAUACAGAAGCCGCACAGCUAGCCGCUGUAGUUAUCGUCUGCGUUCAUAGAGAACACUACGAUUUCAUGGAAGAAGUAGCGCCUCAACUGAAGGGAAAGGUAUUGGUGGACGUCAGUAACAACAGCAAGAAGGGCCUCUACCCAGAAUCCAAUGCUGAGUUUUUGCAGAGCCUGAUCCCUGCAGCGUCUGUUGUUAAAGCCUUCAAUACAGUCUCAGCCUGGUCUUUACAGAACGGACCUUCAGAUGCUCACAGACAGGUGUUCCUGUGUGGGGACAAGGCUGAGGCCAAGCAGAAGGUCAGAGAGCUGGCUACCAGGCUGGGCCUCAGCGUCCUGGACAGAGGCAGUCUGUCAGCCGCCAGGGAGGUGGAGGACUUCCCCCUGCAGCUGUUCCCCGAGUGGAGGCUACCUCUCUGCAUCGCCACCGGCCUCACCGGCUUCUUCUUCUUCUACCUGCUCAUCAGAGACAUUAUCUAUUCCUAUGUGGAGCAGGACAAGGACAUCUCCUUUAGGAUCAUGGUGUCCCUGGCCAACAAGGUGUUCCCCAUCGUAUCUCUGAUCAUGUUGUCUCUGUGCUACCUGCCAGGCGUAAUGGCUGCCAUCCUUCAGCUGUAUAGAGGAACCAAGUACAGGCGCUUCCCUGAUUGGCUGGACCACUGGAUGCUGUGCAGGAAGCAGCUGGGCCUGUUGGCGCUGGGCUUUGCCUUCCUGCAUGUGCUCUAUACUCUGCUCAUCCCCAUAAGAUACUACGUGAGAUACAAAAUUACAGAAUACACAGUGCUGCAGAUCCGGGAGAACAAGACAGAGGUGUUCGAUACGACCGUCGCCUGGUAUACUGAUUCCUACUUUUCCGUUGGGAUUCUGGGAUUCGCAUUGUACGUUCUGCUGGGAAUUACCUCCCUUCCCUCUGUCAGCAAUGCACUCAGCUGGAGGGAGUUCAGCUUUGUACAGGCCAGUGUAUCAUCCAGGGGAAAACUAUUGGAGAGAAAAAUGUAGUGUGGAAUAGGUUGACUUUUAAUAGAAAGUUGGCAUCCUAGAAAAUGUCAUGUGUCUUAAAAGUCUGUAUUUUUCUCUAUAUUAUCGUACAGCAUCUGCUUCAAGCCCAUGAUUUCAGUAAAGAUAUCAUCCUACUACAAUAAUAGAAGGCCUGUCACACCAGUUACUCAAGUGCGCAUGUGCCAAGCACGAACACAUAUAUACACAGCAAGCACGCACAUGCGCACGAACAUACACGGAAACGCACACACUUGCGCACACACUACACGCACACACACAAGCACGCGCAUGCACACCGCACGUCAACAAAGGCAGCGACACAUACACGGAAGCGCACACACACACGCGCGCGCGCACACACACACACACACACACACACACACACACACACACACACACACACACACACACACACACACACACACACACACACACACACACACACACACACAGGUAAGACGUUUAACGGCUCCGCCAUCGGCACAAGCGCAGGUAAGAACACACACGCAAGCAGGGGCGGACCUGCCUACUUUCUGGGGGGUAUGCAGACACAUAGCAGGCGCCCCCCCCCCCCCCCUCUUUGAUCUGGGCACAAAUUUGACCUAAAACACACUCUGAUAUUGAAUCAAAAAAUUCAUUUUGAGUGCACCAGGACAGAUAUCCGGUGUUUAUUUUUUAGAGGCAGCCUUUCUAAGAUGCUCUGCCAGUGUAACAUCAUACCGUGCUAUAAGAGAUCAAGGAUACCCAGAAAAUGUCAAUUUCUAGGAUUUCCUAUCUGUGCAUUUUGUCCCUGUGAAAAAGAAUUUCCUCGUCGCACAAUGUUGUUGGUAAGAACAUAUUUUUACUUAAAAACAGUCGAGUCACUUGCACAACUCAAGCCGCCCUCCAGUCUAGAACUCUGGCCCUCUUAAGGAGCACCAGAAAGGGUGUGGCUCAAUUAAUCUAUGAGCCACAGCUGCAGACUAUGACAGGGCUAACAGCCAGACAGGAACACGUGAAUCUUUUAAAACAUGUUAACACAGUGAAGAUGCCAUUCACAUCUUCACAGUCCCCCUUAGUGGCAGGUUUCUUUCUGCAAGGAAGAGUAUGCAGUCGAUCACUCGAGUCAACAGGCUCUCUGCAAUUCGCUAUCAAUAGUUUUACCUAGGCAUAAGCGGGGUACCAAUUCUUUCCACAUCAGAUAAGCAUUUAUGUGGUAACCACUUGUUUCAUGGUGCUUCAGUAUCUUUGAAAGACACUGCCUGUUAUUAUACCCCACCACUCUAGUUUCACCAAAAAGCUUACAUGCAAAACAAUAGACUCUGUUAGAACUGUUGGAGUACAGUAACCAAUAGGGGUGGGAAAAAAAAUCGAUUCUUCGAUGCAUCGUAAUACUGUGUAGAACGAUUCAGUCUCGAUUCAGAUACGAUAGUAAUCUUUUCUUUUUUUUUUGGGAUUAUUAAUUUAUUAAAUUUUGGAUUAUUAACAGAGUUAUAAAGUAUCAACUUUAUAACUCCGUUUUUACUGGGUCUAUUGACAUAAAACAAAGACUUGCAUAGAGAUUGAAGUAAAACAAAAUAACCACAAAAAAGUUCCUUUAUUUUUCUUGUUAUGAUCCGUUAUAUUGUAGGCUCCAUUCUGAUCAGUACACAGUUGCAAGACAACAGUAACCUGUUGUUUUACUAGUAGUAGAUUUAGCUAACCUGUAUAUUUACAAGCCUCCUCUUGAUCUGCCUCUGCUAUUUCGUCCUUGACCUGCUUUAAACACUCAGUUUACUUGCUAAAUUUGAUUAAACAAUUAAAUACAAUACAAAUAUAAAGUAAAAACAAGUGUUAUCUAGCGAUCCGUUUUCUGCAUUAUGUUAUUUCGCCUUUGGCAACAUGAGCGCGAAUAUUUUUUGAAACCCGCAUUAUACACACAGUAUACUAGCUAAAUUUGAUUAAACAAUUAAAUACAAUACAAAUAUAAAGUAAAAACAAGUGUUUUCACUUUAUAUUUGGACGACGCGAUCAUCUGUUGCCAGGCAGGUUUGGAAUGGAUACGUAUGGAUGACGCGCCCGGUACAAAUUUGGCAGCCGGUACAAAUUUGGCAUGACAGCGCCAACUCGCGAAAAUGCCAACUCAAAUAAUUUUACUUCCAUCGCUUUGGCGCCCCCUCUGGUUCGGCGCCUAUAUGCGCCGCAUAUAUAUGGAGGUAGAUUUGUGUCUUUAUUAUGCAAUCAAAAAUAAUAGGUUUGAGAGCAAAACUUUCCACACUGCAAUCAAAAAAUAGAUUUGAGA